AGCUGACCGUUGUCAGGUGACCAUUAAAAUUGAAUUACGUUAUUUUUAGACGAUACACAAUAUUUUGUUAAUAACAUAUAAAAUAAAACACUAAGAAUGGCUUUACACUCAGCACACAAAGGAAAACUCAUAUCAGUUAUCGGAGAUGAGGAUACCUGUGUAGGGUUUCUUUUGGGUGGAGUCGGUGAAAUCAACAAAAAUCGUCACCCCAAUUUCCUAGUUGUAGAUAAAAACACUGCUGUCAGCGAAAUUGAAGAUUGUUUCAAACGCUUCAUCAAACGAGAUGACAUCGACAUUAUUUUGAUCAAUCAAAACAUCGCAGAAAUUAUUAGGCACGUGAUUGAUAAUCACAAUUCUCCUAUUCCUGCAGUGCUGGAAAUUCCGUCAAAAGAUCAUCCAUACGAUGCUAGCAAGGAUUCCAUUCUUCGUCGUGCAAAGGGUAUGUUCAAUCCAGAUGAACUGAUUUAAAUGUUAUAUCAAAUAUGCGAUGUACAUGUAUUAAAUAUAGAUUUAAUGUUAGAUGUAUAUACAUUCCUCACUAUUCAGUAUGUUUAUUGAAAUGAGUGUUUUAACUUGCAAAUAAUAAAUAUUUAAGCGAA